ACAUAUCCCAGACUCCAGUCCAGAGACAUGACAUGAACUGGACUGUGGACUAGAUUGCUAACUAGCUAAAGUUAGACCAUGAACGUGCCAUGGAAUGAUCGAAUUUGUAACUAACUGUAACGUAUCGAGCUGUAUUCAGAACGUUAAUCCAUGACCACGAUUACCAUUUUUUUAUGUUACUGAUCAAAUUGCUUUAUCCACUAACGUUAGGAAGUUAUCUGCCCACCUAGCUGGUUUGAACGUGAAACGUGUUCUUUAUGAUUGAAGUGUGAAUGGAGGCAACACAGCUGAUCGAUGACUCAGUAUUGGAAGAGUCAGAGGAGGAGGAGGAUGAUGGAGAGAAGCGAGGAGAGCCACUGGCCAAACUCAGGGUGUUAAAAAAUAAACACAUCACAGAGACUGAGUUGCCUCUCUACCAGGGAGAAAAUGUGUUGGGUCGAAACCCAGACUCCUGCUCCCUGCCCCUCGGGGCCCGCUCCGUAUCCAAGCAACACACCAUCAUCUCCAUCUCAGUGUUUCGCGGCAACCGUCGUCACGGCAAUGUUGCCGCCAUGGAGACAGAGGCUUUAGUGUGGGACCUGGGCAGCAUGAACGGGACAAGGAAGGGCCGGGCCAAACUGACCCCUCACGUCCGCUACGCUCUGACCGAGGGAGAGUGUGUGGUAAUAGCUGACAUCCCCUGCCAGUAUGUCUCUGUGGACCAGAGGGGGGGACAGGGGCACAUGCAGAACCCGACGAACGCACACUCUGGAAGGGGAAGGAGGUCACGGCUAGACAGGAAGGCCCAGCUCAGAGGAAGCCCUAGCGGCCAAGGUCUGGGACGAGAGACUGGCACACCGAAGACUGAGAGACCGACUGAGGGUAGAGGAGUCAAUGGAGAGAUGGGGGCACCAUUGUCGACUGAGCUGGGUGGAAAGGGUAAAACUCCGGCCAUACCCCUGUCGUUUGAACAAACCCCCACACAGCCUGAGAGGACACUGGUGCCUGAAUCUGAGUCUGACUCCGAUGGAGAGCGAGAGGGACGGAGAGACAAACGGGGAAAGUACUUUGUCUCUGAUUCUGACUCCCACAUGUCCAGUCCCACCUGUUCUACAUUCCUCAGUCCUACAAACAAAGUCAUUCCAGAGAGUGAGGACGAGAGCCCCAUCACUCCCUCCCCCUCCGCUAAAAACAGACCCAAGAAAAUAGUGAGCUUCAGUGAGGAGGAGAGCGACAUGGAUGGACCGAGACAGCAGCCCAGGAGAAGAAGAGCCCAAGUGAUAGUGGACAACAGCGAAGAAGAGGAGGAGGAGGGGAAGGAAGGGAAAGAGGCUCUAGGAGAGAAGGAAACUGGGAAAAGGACAAGAGGAAAGGAGGAUGUGUCAGUGGUGAACCAGGUCCGUCAAGCUGAGAGAGAUGGACCAAUGGUGUCUACAGAGGACAAGUUUAACAUGGACAGUGACACAGACGUAGAGGGAGAGGAGGAGAUGGGGCUGUCUGCACCUGUAAACGCUGUUAAACCACCAGCCGUAACAGAACCUCCUACUACAGACUCUGACCCAGGCCAGAUCCACAUGGACAGUGAUACUGAUGUGGAGGAAGGGGAUGACUCUAAAUUAAUGUUAACUGCUGCCGAUGUGGAGAGGAAACCAGUAGAUUCUGUCCCAGUGGUGCAGCCAACAGAGAUCCACCUGGACAGUGAUACAGAUGUGGAUGAUGAUGAUGAUGUUGUUGUUGUGUCAGACAGUGCUACCAAUGUUACCUCCUUCGUAUCCGAUCCGGCCGAGAAACCAGACGAUUCUGCCCCUGCGGUGCCGCCCGUAGAAUUCCACCUAGACACUGACACAGAUGUGGAAGAGGAGGACACAGACACACGUUCCAAAACAGUUCCAGAAUCAGAUUGUGGUGGGAUCAGAACAGGGAUUGCUGGUCACCAGGAGAUCCUUUUGGACAGUGAUACUGAUGAAGAAGACAACCCUUUUGCCCCUCCGGCCAGCAGCAGAACAGCGGAGCUCCUUAUUCCACCCACCAGUGUAGGACCUGCAGCUGCUGCUCCUCUGGAGAUCAUGUCUGACAGCGACACAGACUUAGAGGAAGACGCCACACAGACCAGGAACCUUCCUCCUCCUAAUGUCGCCACGGUAACGGAGGACGCGGUGUUAGCGUCGCGACAGGCCGUGCUUCCAUCACCCACAACAACGACAACCGGUGCUGUUGCCAAGACAACCGCUCUCAGGUCUCAGGACUCUGAUGCUGACACAGAUGCUGAGGAUGAGCGGUUGGAGCCCAAACCCCCCCGGUGUCGGCCCCCAGCAGGGAUGGUCCCGGAGUCGGACCUCAGUGAGCCCAGUGACUUCAGGAUGGACAGUGAUACGGAGGAGGAUGGACCAAGGGAGGCAGGCCAGGGACAGACUGGAGGUCGGAUCAGAGAGGGGGCAGCUGGCCCUGGGCUGCUCCCCCUGGGUGGUUCCCCUGGCCCUCAUCAGAAGUGCUCCACCCCUUUGGCAUCGUCAGUACAGGAGGAGAUUGAGACUCAGGCCUUCUUCAGUCCCUCUGACCCAUUCAGACACCCAGCUCUCCCUCCUGUGCUGAGGCCUACAGCAGCAUUGUCCUGCUCUGCAUCAGACAGCCAGGAGGACGAUGACAUUGUGGUGGCCGAGACCCAGUCAUAUGUGUUGGAGGCCCAGAACCAGGACCAUCAGAGCAACCUUCCAUUGGAACCCACCCUGGAUGCCACGCAGCCCUACAGUCUGGAGCCUUCCUUGGGGGAGGACCGGGAGGAGCAGCCCAGCCGAGGCUCCUUCCAGCUGGGUCUGUCAGACAGCAGCCACCUCCAGACCAGGGACCAGGCCUCAGAGAGCACCCAGGCAUUCAGCUUCCCAGGUGGGGAUUCUGACCUGGAGGCCACCCAGACCUAUGGAUCUGGAGGGGGGAGCAAGGAGCCUGGCCUGGGCCAGAGGUCUGCGGUGUUCGGGAGGAACAGGCAGGUGGACUUUGUCCUGGAGGCAACACAGGCUUAUGCUGCCCAGCCUCGCAGUGACACAGAGGAGGAAGAUGAAGAGGAGACACAGCCCUUGGAAUUCCCCACCCCGUCUAAUGUUGCUACGACUGAAACCCUGCCCAUGUCUGCCUAUGAGGAAGAGGACGGUGAGGAGGAGGAAGAUUUGGUUGGGGCCAAGCCCCUGACCCCAGUAAGGAGAGGGAGAUCUGGAGGAGCGAGGGAGAGAGAGGAAGAGGAGCAUGAGACCCAGACUGGUGAGGUGCUGACCAACCAAUACCUCUCCACAGCUCAAACUCUGGACAUGCUCCAGGAGAGUGAUGAUGAGGAAGAAGCCAAACCAGACUCGCCUAGAAGAAGACGGUCCCAAAAACAGACAGUAGACGAGGAAGAGACACAGACUGUUGGCGCCUACCUCUCCACUGCUGAAACCCAGCCCAUGUUUACUGCUGCUGAGGAUGAUGAUGAUGAGGAGGAGGAAGAACUCAACCCUCCAUCACCCGGAAGGAGGGGAAGUUCCCGGAGAGGGAGAGUAGAAGAGGAGGAGACACAACCUAGUGAGUUCCUCACCAGCUCCCACAUCUCCACCGCUGAAACUCAGCCUAUGGGUACUUGUGACACUGAGGAAGAGAAGGAGGAAGACACCAAAGCUAAAGGACGGGCUCAGAGAAGGCGAGGGAAAGAGUCGGAGGCUGGGACAAGCGGUGUCAGCAGUAGAGGUAGAAGAGGAGCUAGAGGAGGAGAUGAGAGCUCUGAGCCUCUGAAAACGCAGAUGAAGGGGAAGGCUGUGAACACCGCGAGAGGCGGAGGGAGGAGAGGGAAGGUGUUGCCUGAGGAGGAAGAGAGUGAGAAAGAGGCGGAGGUGGUUGGGCAAGGGAGGAGGGGAAGAGGAAGAAAGAGUGUGAAACAACAGAAAGAGGGAGAAAAAGACAGACUUGAGAAGGAACGGAGAGAGAAGGAACGGAGAGAGAAGGAACGGAGAGAGGAGGAAGAGGGAAUGGAGAAGGAAAGACAAGAACAGGCUGAGAAGGAACGGAGAGUGGAGGACGAGGGAAUAGAGAAGGAAAGACAAGAACAGGCUGAGAAGGAACAGUUGCAGAAGGAAAAAGUGGAAUCAGGAAGGGUUAUGAAGGAACAACAGGACAGAGAGAGGAUGGAGCAGGAACUUAAAGAACAAGAUGAGAGAUUAGAGAGGGAGAGGGUGGAAAGAGAAGAAACAGAAAGGAUGGAGAGAGAGCGGCUUGAGAGGGAAAGGAAGGAACGAGAAGAGCAAGAAGGACUGGAGUGCGAGAGGGCAAAAAGAGAAAAGGAGAGAUUACAGAAAGAAAAAGAAAGAAUAGAGAGGGAGAGGAAAGAAAGAGAAGACGGGAAAAGACUGGAGAGGGAGGAAAAAGAGAAGCAAGAAAAAUUGGAGCGAGAAAGCAGGCAAAGGGAAGCGCUAGAGCGAUUGGAGAGAGAGAGGGUGGAGAAAGAGAGAAUAGAGGGAGAACAAGCCGAAAAGGAAAGACUGGAGAAAGAGCGUAGAGAGAUAUUGGAGAAAGAAAAAAUGGAAAGAGAAGAGAAGAAAAAACAGGAGCGAGAACGACUGAAGAAGAACAACGAAGAGAAGGAACGAUUAGACAGGCAAAUGAAGGAAAGAGACCUGAAAGAAAAACAGGAGAGGGAGAAGAAGGAAAGAGGAAAGAGGGAAGCCGAGGAGAAAGAAAAGGAGAUUAAAGAACGACAAGCGAAGGAACAAGGAGAAAAACAAGCAAAGAAAGAUGACGAAAAUGAGCCAAAAACAUCCACGAGAGGUCGCAGAGCCACCUCCAGGAGAACCGUCACGGUUCCACCCACAACGGAACCACAACCUGAACUUGAUAUUCUGUCCAGCAAACCAGAACCAGUCCCAGCUAGUAUAACUAGGUCUCGCUCCAACUCUUCCAACUCUGUCAGCUCUGAGAGAUCCAGCAUAGGCACUCAGGGGAGCAGAGGGAGAGGGGGGAGGAAGACCACCAGCACCACAGAGCCAGCCCCUGGUCCAGACAACCCCACCCGCAACAGCACCAGGAGAAGGACGAUGGUCGGGACGGUUGUGGCUCCCCCUGCUGCUGUGGAGGUCACAGUGCAGGACAUUCUCUCCAGCGAACAGUUUGUUGCCAGGAGAACCCGCUCUCGCUCCAGCUCCACCAACUCCCACAGCUCCACCAACUCAGAGGUCUCCACCUGUAUCGUGGCUAGCGUGAGCUCUCAGAGCAAAGGGAGGGGAGGAGGGAGAAGGAGGAAAACUGGGACAGAGUCUCUCUCCCCCAGUAACAGGCAGAGUGAGCAGCCUCCAGCCCCCAAGCCCACAGCCAGAGGCAGGAGAAGCCAGAAAGUAGAGGAUUAUGGUCCACACCCUGAGAUGAAUGAGAAGGCUGAUUCUCAGGAGGCUGGUGGUACCACUAGAGGGCAGAAGAAAACAGCCAAAACCAUUGAGCCAGACCCUGUAGUAGCAGAUGAAGAAACCACUCCAGCCCAGGUAACAGAGGACUCCCCCGCUCCUAGAGGGAAUGGAAGAGGCCGGGGCCGAGGCGGACAGAAAGACAACACACCUGAAUCCACUCCUACAAUAGCAGGAGGGGACACUCCAAGUGAAGAGGGACUGGAGUCUAAAACAGGUGGGAGAGGGAAAGGGAGGAAGAGGGGGCUGGAAGAGGAGGAGGAGAGCAGGGGGUUCAAGGUUCCCCGGGGGAAAGCUAAGGUUCAGAGGGGAGGGAGAUGCAGGACAGCAGAGGAGGAAGGAGAGGAAGAGGAGAAUCCUACAUCCACUCCAGCAAAGAGGGGAAGAGCCUCCACUGCCCAGGUGAAGAAGAUAGCAGAGGAGGAGAAGAGUAUGGAGGGACAGAGUGAGAAGAUGGAAGAGGCUGGUACUGUGCAGAGGAAAGUCCGAGGCAGGCAGUCGACGGUUCAGAUAAAGAAAAAAGAGGACGCUGUUUUGGCCUCUAAUUCUGUGGUGCCCCAGACCCCUACAGGUAAGGGCAGAGGUAAGCGUAGGGCCUCUGUGGAAUCAUCACCGCUGGCUAAGACCCCUCGCUCCUCCUCUGUCUCUGCCCUGUCCUCCCUCUCCUCCCCUGGGACACUGGGCCCAGCUAGGGCUGCCACGCAGUCCUACAAGGUGUUGUUUACAGGAGUGGUGGAUGAGGAGGGGGGGAAGGUGGUGUCUCAUCUGGGGGGCAGCCUGGCGAAGGGCGUGGCUGACAUGACCCACUUGGUGACUGACAGGGUCCGACGCACCGUCAAGUUCCUGUGUGCUGUGGCCCGCGGCGUGCCUGUCGUCACCACCGAUUGGCUGGAUAAGUGUGGUAAGGUGGGUCGUUACCUACCUACUGACAGGUACCUGGUGAAGGACAGAGAGCAGGAGAACAAGUUCAGCUUCUGUCUGGAGGAAUCACUGAGGACCGCCAGCACCCAACCUCUACUACAGGGUUAUGAGGUCCAUGUGACCAGGUCAGUGUUGCCAGAGCCAGCCCAGAUGAAGGACAUCAUCGUCUGUAGCGGAGCUCGCUUCCUCUCCACGAUGCCCUCCACUCAGAAGGCCCAGGCCCGGACCCUAGUGAUAUCGUGUGGGGAGGACUGGGCUCUCUGUGCUCCUGCUCUCUCUGCUUCUCUCCCCGUCCUCAGUGCUGAGUUCCUGCUAACUGGUAUAUUACAGCAGAGAGUGGACCUGGUAACCCAUGUCCUCUCAGCCCCCAAACCCAGGGCCCAGCCAGGAGCCAAAGGCCAGACCAGGGGCAGGAAGAGAAUGUAACAGAAAGACCAAACUCACCUGGGUGGUAUUCAUUAGUGCAUACUGUAGCAAAACAUUAUGCAACAGAAAACAAACACUAGUGUUUCUUAUUGGACAAGUUCAGGUAAUCCCUCCCUGUUUUAGUCUGUUUUCUACUGUUAGGUGAAUAUGACCCUGUCUACAGGGCCAGGGAGAAGGCAUUACAGUUCCAGAGAAGACCACAGACAGAUGACACCCACGUGUGUGUGUGUGUGUGUGUGUGUGUGUGUGUGUGUGUGUGUGUGUGUGUGUGUGUGUGUGUGUGUGUGUGUGUGUGUGUGUGUGUGUGUGUGUGUGUGUGUGUGUGUGUGUGAUGGCAUAGCAUGCAGCACCCACCUCCACCUGUAUAGAGAGCAGUAGCAGGUCCAGGCCACAGAGGAGUGGUAAGUACAGUACUACUCCCCUGGAGGGGCAUGAGACCAUUAGACACCUGAGAGAGGGGAGAAUGAGGAUUUGGCUGUACAAGAGACAGUGGCAGCAUCCCAAAUGGAACCCUAUUGCUUACUUUUGACAAGAGCCCUGCACUAUAUAGGGAAUAGAGUGCUAUUUGGGACGCAGACGUAAAAGGCUAGUGAGAGGAGACAUCCACCUGUAUGACCAGCUAAACUAGAUAGUUGAGAAUGUAUUCACUCAGAUAAGAAGACAAACAAACCCAAGAGAUGGAAAUGUAUUCCUAUGUUUAUGAGGGUAGAGAGAAAAUACAUGCAGAGAAAUGCUCUGAAUAGAUUUGUGUUCAUAAAAGAGAUAAAUAUCUGUUAACAUAGAGAGAGUAAUAGAUAAGAUCAUUUACUGCCUAUCCCAGUCUCUUCCUCUUUUCCUGUCUCUUCCCUCCCUCUCCUGAUCCUUUAUCUAUACUGAUUAAUAGCCACCCUCUCGCCUUUGUAUAAAGAUAACAAAUAUAUAUAUAUAGUGCCUAUUUUAGGAGGAUAAUGUUGAAUAUACCAGAUAUGUCUUCACUAGCUGUGAUUGCUGAAGGGACAUGUCUUAAAGAAAGGACUGAUUGUUUUAAUGCUGCUCGUCCUUCUACAUCUUUGUAUGUCGAGGAGUUAAAUGUGUCUUUAUUUACCGACCAAUAAACCUUUUGUACUGAA